UAGCAUAGAGAUUAGAAUUCAAUUAUAUUUAGGGGCAAUCUCUCGGCCAUCUUAUGUCAUUGCAAAGCUCAGCAAAACACCAAUGUCUCAACCCCUAAAUCAGGCAGCCAUUGAUGAAGCAAUAGCAUUAGGGAUAGAUUUGCAGUUUGAUGAUUUAUACCACCCUGAUGAAAUUGCGUUAAAAAUUAAACAAAGAGAAGAAGCGCUUUCUAUACAAGCAGAUGAAGAAUAUGCAAAAAUGUUGCAAUUACAAUUACAGGAAGAUGAAGAAUUUGUAAAAAAUUUGCAUGCCAUUUCCAUGGAAGAAAAUCCUCCGAACAAUUUUCAACAUGAUGUUCCUUCGACUAGUGGAGGAAGUAGUUUACCUAAUCAAACUGCUACUACUGAGAACAACAAUCCAGAAAAUGAAAUAGAAGAAUUAACCGAGGAAGUUAGUAAAGAAGGAUUACCAGAAGAUGUUAUCUCUGGAUUACCAACUCAAAAGUACCGUCGCAAAACCUGGUGGAGAAGGAGAUCAUUUGUUCCCGAUAAAAACGAGUGUUCCAUAUGUACAGUUAGCUAUGAGAAGGGAGAUAAGAUAACUAUGUUACCAUGCAAGCAUGCCUUCCAUAAGGAUUGCAUUUCAAAUUGGUUAAAAGAAAACAAGGUAUGCUGUGAAUGCCAAGCCGAAGUUAAUCCGUAAUUGGAACCGUUAUACUAACUGUCAUGGGGUGAUAAGAUUAAUAUCUUAUAUAAGCCAGGUUGUCUUGAUGUAAUGUUCUGGCAUUUUUUGAGAAUUUUAAAAUAAUUU